CCCACACUGUCUGGAUAUAACAAAAGUGCAACCAAAUUGCGCAGGCAGAAAAGGCACGCUGAGCAGAGCAGAAAAGCGCAGCGCAGCACAGCAGACACUGUGAGUGGAAGUGGAAAUGAGAGGGGGGUGGCAACAUAGCCCGGGUGUUGCGCCCCGGGGGAGUGGCGGCGGGCACCGUGUGGUGGUUGGCGAGAGGGCAGGGCACCGCUUCCAUCAAACAGAGGAGCACGAGCCCAAGCUGCAGCAUUUAAUGGCGAUUAUGAAUCUACUGAGUGCAAAAAGGUUAUAUCCAGCGCUUAGCAUCUGCUCACUUCCUCCUCGUUUCUUUCCCCUGUCCCCGCUGCUCAUGAAGUGCAUCCCGUCUUUGCUCAAGGCGGUUAGUCUGAUUCCUAUUUAUUGCCAGACCUGUCACCACUUACUUUGUCUUUGCUCUUUUGCUCUCUUGCUUUUUUUACUCCUUUUCUUUCCUUGUGUUGUUUUGCUCUUCUUGCGUCUACAAAUAUCCCACUCUGUUCUCCACAUCUCUGCCUCUAUUGACAAUAGCCGCUAUUAUAUAUAUAUUUUAUUAUUUGCCACAAUUAUUCUAUCGCCCACUUUUCGUUGUGUGUUUAAAGCUCCGUAUUGUGAGCCGAGCAUCUCGUUCAAUCUGCACUUUUGACUACACUAUUUCUUUUUGGUUGUUGGGUGUAGAAACAAUUAGUGGGCAAAACAAAGCCAAAACUGUCAAAGCAGCCAAAGCGCUGCCAGCACAAAGACCUCUAACAUCCUUGUUCUUGCUCUGACUCCAGCCAUCUUGUUCUGUUCCACUCUACCUCACGCCCGCCGCUUUGUCUUUAAUCGUCUCUCUUUUUUAGCCACUUACUAAUUCUCACGGCUCAUACUCUAACUAGCACUCUACAUAUUCUUUUGUUCGAACAUCACUUAUUACACGCACAUUGAUUUUUAAUACCCGCUCCAUUCAUUCUCAUAUUCUUUUGCUUUUUAUAUAAUAAUUUGCUAUUUUCUCUUU